AUGGCCCGUAAUGGAAAAGAUCCCCACGACCAAGUUCCGAAGAAAAAGUCACCCUGGACGCAUUUAAUAGCUGGGGGCGGGGCUGGUCUUCUAGAGUCAUGCACCUGCCAUCCAUUAGAUACCAUUAAAGUUAGAAUGCAGUUACGUGGAGAGAUCCUCUCGAAACAAUCAAAAUUAGGCCCUUUUGGUACGUUUAUUUCUAUUGUUCGGGGCGAGGGUCCACUUGCUCUAUAUAAGGGGCUGUUUCCUGUUGUUUCUGCUAUCGUUCCAAAAAUGGCCAUCAGGUUCACUUCUUUUGAGGCGUUUAAAGAUGCCCUGGGCACGCCCUCGGCACAAAAAACAUUUCUUGCGGGGCUUGGAGCUGGGAUUGUGGAAAGCGUUGUUGUAAUGAAUCCCAUGGAGGUGGUAAAAAUCAGGUUACAAGCGCAGAGGCAUGGAGAGCAUCGCUACCGCUCUGCAAGUCAUGCUGCAAUAACCAUCCUUCGAGAGGAGGGUGUUGGCGCCUUUUACAGGGGAGUAACUUUGACUGCCGCAAGACAGGGUAUCCCAAUAGCAACCAACCAGGCGGUAAACUUUACCCUCUACCAGGAGCUCAAAAUGCUGCUUCAGUCGUUUCAAGAUAUCAAAGAGCUGCCAUCUUGGCAGCAUCUGCUGGCCGGCGGAAUAUCAGGCGCGAUCGCUCCGUGCAUAAACGCGCCGAUCGAUAUUUUAAAAACAAGGGUUCAAAGGCAGGCCACGACGACCAGUGGAUCAGGGUUUUCCCUGAUCAGAAAAGUUGCGUCUUCUGUUUAUAAAUCAGAGGGAUUGUUGGGAUUCUACAGCGGACUGACACCAAGGCUUCUCAGAAUCGCACCGGGCCAGGCCAUCACAUUCAUGGUUUAUGAAAAAAUACAGAAAUUUAUCGAAAUUUACUCACCACAAUACCCAAGCUUUGUCACCAUUGGUGCGGUUGAGGAAGUUUCUACUUCCGACGGCAAACUAGAAUAA